AUGGCCCCUAGAAUCGGUGUCUUCCCCGCCUCUGGCGGUCUCGGAACAAGCGUCGUCAAUCACCUAACGAAACUUGCCUCGGCGUCUCAAUUGGUUUUGAUUGCACGCAGCCCGGAUAAAUGGAGCACCCUGGGUCAAGCUGGCGCCACACUGCGAACUGCGGACUAUGACCAGCCUGCUACUCUUGAUCAUGCCUUUGAUGGAGUAGACAUUCUGAUGCUUAUCUCGUAUGCAUCCUUCGAGAUCAAACACCGAGUCGAAGCCCACCGCACGGCCAUUGAAGCUGCCAUCAAAAGUGGCGUGAAACACAUCUUCUACUCGUCCCUGGGGUUCGCCGGUCACCUAACCGACCGCAGUGUCGCUCAUGUCAUGGGCGCACACCUCGAAACGGAGCAGUAUCUGGCAGGACUCACAGACAACAUCACGUACACAUCUAUUCGUGAAGGGCUCUACUCUGAAUCAUUCCCUAUCUACACGGCAUGGCUAGACCCAGCAAACCCUCCUAGCGAAAUUACUAUUCCGCAUCCCGGAACUGGACCGGGAGUAUCAUGGGUCAAACGUGACGAGCUCGGCGAAGCGACCGCCAAAUUGAUCAUGUCUUUUAUUGAUCACUCCGAGAACUUCAAGUAUUUGAACCAAAAGGUAUUGCUCACUGGCCGCCGGGAGAUAUCUCUCGCUGAGACGGUGGAUAUCUUGGGCCGUGCGAUCGGAAAGCCUCUAAGAAUUCGAAAGAUUUCCAUUGACGAAUACGUCAAACUUCCUCAAAUCGGGGACAAGCACACGUACCACGGUGUUGACCUUUCGAGUGAGUGGACUACGGCUUGGGAGGCUAUCAAGCAAGGAGAGACUGCUGUUGUAUCACCGGCGAUGAAGGAAAUUCUCGGACGGGAGCCGGAAAGCUACGAAACGACCAUUCAGGCUUUGAUUGGAUGA